AUGCUACUUCGAAUGGCCGAUGUUCAACAAGAUGAAACACAAUUGAAUCUAUAUCGUUGUUUGGGUAAAUUGAUGCCAAAACCAGAUAUUAAAACGAUGGAAACUCCCAGUAAACUUGCGUCUAUAUACCUUAAAUUUCUUACAAAUACAAUUGAUGAUCCGAAGAAAAUGGAACGCUUCUAUAGUGUAUUACAAAAUUUUGUUCAACAUGAUCAAGUCAAAGUCGAAUUAAUAAAACAAAAUGUAUUUCCCAUAUUUAUGCGAUGUAUCACUGAAACUAAAUCUGAUCUGAUUAAAGUACAAACAAUAGUUCUCGAAAUUCUUCUUGCACUUUCGUUCAAUAAUGAUGCCUUAACGAUUCUCAGAAAAGAUACAGAUUUUAUGACACAAAUUCGAAAUCUAGAAAGUAAUACUAAUUUGGAUAAAUCAAAUUUACAACGAGCUGCUGAAGGUCUUCUUUGGAAAUUAGACAAAGAAGGUGAAACCGUUGCUAAAUCGACAACUUUAAAAUCGUAUCAAUAUGAUAUUAUGAUAAGUUAUUCACAUAGCGAUCGACAAUUAUGUUAUCAAAUUCAUGAAAGACUUUUCGAGAUUGAUUUCAUGUUUUGA